AUGACUCUACCAAAAGCGUCAUCCAGCACCAUACUACAAAGAGUAACGUCUCUCCUGCUCCUGCUCAGUAGUUCCAUUCGUACGGCAAGCGCCACUCGUGUCUUGGCAUUCAAGUGGCUGGAAGGCAGUGGCACCUGCUAUAACAAGUUCCACAAUGGGAACGAAAAAUGGGACAUUGAAAUGAACAACUUUCAUGUCGACUGCGGGAAUAGAAAUCACGGCUGCACGCCUGGGCACAGUGUCAUGAUCUAUGGUGAUUUCUACUCCAAUGCCGCAUUUGAAUCGGUCGUAGAUGUGGAUAUCAAAGCCUGCGAGUUCGGGUCUCUGAUUUGCACGCCCAACUUUGUGGAAACCCAAAUGAACGUCUGCUACGACUUGGAUCUGCUAGAUCUUUACGGGAACGAAGUGUGCAAUCAAGUUGGAAACUACACACUUCAAAAAUCCUACACGCUCCCCAGCAAUCACUCCUGGUGGGAAGACGUGGCAUUUGAGGGACUCAAAUUCAACAUUGUCGUACUCAUUGACAAUGAACUCGAAUGUCGGGGUACCUUCAUGACACGCGUCUACUAUGAAUACGAAUCAUGGAUGGGAUGGACGGUCGGAUCCUUCGCCGUGGCGGCGGCACUCUUUUAUUACCUCCGUCAAACAAAACAGGGGCUGGAAUACUUCAACAGAAACUUUACUUGCCUCGGCAAAAUCAAUUUGCAAGUCGAAGAAGAGCGGGCCGAAGAAGAAGCCAGAGCAGCAGUUGCUUCCCAAACGAAGAAGAAAAUAAUAUCCAAGACCACGCCCGUCACCGUGAAAAGUAGCACUAGCACUGCGGACGAUGAAGAAUCCGUCACUUCCACGGCAUAUCUGCGCAUGUUGGACUUUUCGCCAAAAGGACUGGCACACACCGAGCGAAUGGAACAGGUCCGACAAGCACACUUUGAAAGAUUACGGAAAAUAAGAGACUCGCGGCGGGCUGCAUCGUCGUCACCGCCGCUUGUAGUACCGCAAUCAUAG